AUGACAAAAAGUAAAAGUGCUGACGAAUACACAAGUGUCGAAAUUGGUGAUGCGGGGAGGUUUCAGGCUACUAUUUCAGAACUUGGUGCUACUUUGCUCGAUUUAAGAGUUAACAAUCAAUCAGUUGUCCUAGGGUAUCCGAAUAUUCAAGAUUAUGUGUCAGAUGGCUACAACUAUAUCGGUGCCACUGUUGGUCGUUACGCGAACCGUAUCCACAAAGGAGUGUUCACUUUGGAGGACGGACCUCAUCGGUUGACUGUUAACAAUUGCGGAAACGCAAAUCACAGUAGUAUCAGCUCUUUCCAUCUGAAAAAAUAUAGAGCCUCUCCGGUGGAAAAUCCUUUCAAAGAUGUUUAUAUUGUCGAAUUCACGUUGUUGGAUGACCACACGCUACCUAAUGAAUUUCCAGGGGAUCUGCAAGUUACCUUAAAGUACACAUUGAAUGUUGCCGACAUGACUUUGAACAUGGAAUAUCAGGCACGACUCAUUCGUGGAGAGGCUACCCCUAUCAAUAUGACCAAUCACACAUACUUCAAUCUGAAUAAAGCUAGAAACGAAAAGUCCAUCAGUGGUACAGAAAUUAAACUUUGCUCUAACAAAUCAUUAGAAGUGAGCGAAGGAGCGCUAAUCCCGACCGGUAAGAUCAUCGAGAGGAAAAUUGCCACUUUUGACUCCACAAGGCCUACCAUUUUGCGGGAUGACGGCCCAGUUUUCGACUAUGGUUUUAUUGUGGACGCUAAUAAGGAUUUGAAAACGGCAGACUCAGUGAGCGUGAACAAGUUGGUCCCCGUUUGCAAGGCUUAUCAUCCGGAAUCACAUCUAACACUAGAGGUCUCGACAACAGAACCAACUGUUCUCUUCUACACAGGUGACAAUCUAUGUGGAAAAUUUACACCGAGGUCAGGAUUUGCCGUUGAACAAGGCAGAUACGUUGAUGCAAUCAACCGAUCUGAAUGGAAAGACUGUGUUCUUUUGAAGCGCGGCGAGGUGUAUACUUCAAAAACUCAGUACCGCUUCGGAAUGUGA